AUGGGCCAUUACAUAACAAUUGCCACUUGUAAUCUUAAUCAAUGGGCAUUGGAUUUCGAAGGCAAUAGAGAUCGUAUCAUUGAAAGUAUCCGUGAAGCAAAGAAUCAAGGUGCAACAUUAAGAGUUGGUCCUGAAUUAGAAAUCUGUGGAUAUGGUUGUUUAGAUCACUUUGGUGAAAAUGACUUAUACGAUCAUUCAUGGGAAAUAUAUGGUCAAAUUAUAUCUCAUCCUGAUACUCAAGAUAUCUUAUUAGAUAUUGGGGUUCCAAUCAUUCAUAAAUCUAUCAAGUAUAAUUGUAGAGUCAUCUCAUAUAAUUCAAAAAUCUUGUUGAUUAGACCAAAAUUAUCAUUAGCUAAUGAUGGUAAUUAUAGAGAAAUGAGAUAUUUCACGCCGUGGAAUAGACCAAAAUAUUAUGAAGAAUAUCAAUUACCUAAAUCAAUUGCUAAAUUAACCGGUCAAUUAAGAGUAACGUUUGGAGAUUGUGUUAUUGAAACUUUAGAAACUAGAUUAGGUUGCGAAACAUGUGAAGAAUUAUUCACUCCUCAAUCUCCUCAUAUUGAUAUGAGUCUUGAUGGGGUAGAAAUAUUCACUAAUUCAAGUGGUUCUCAUCAUGAAUUAAGAAAAUUAGAUACUAGAUUAGAAUUAAUCUCAGAAGCUACCAAGAAAUGUGGUGGUGUUUAUUUAUAUGCCAAUCAAAGAGGUUGUGAUGGGGAUAGAUUGUAUUAUGAUGGUUGUGCUACUAUUAUUGUCAAUGGAAGUGUAGUAGCUCAAGCAUCUCAAUUUUCAUUAAAAGAUGUUGAAGUUAUUUCUGCCACCAUCGAUCUUGAUGAUGUAAGAUCAUACAGAAACCAAAAAUCAGCCAGUAUGCAAUCUGUCAAUAGAAGAGAUACUUACAAAGCAAUCCAUUGUGACGUUGAAUUAUCACCAAGUUCAAAUGUUUUCAAUCCCCAUAUCGUUCCAACUGCCACUAGAGCCAUCAGAUAUCAUUUACCAGAAGAAGAAAUAGCAUUGGGUCCAGCAUGUUGGUUAUGGGAUUAUUUAAGAAGAUCAAAAACAGGAGGAUAUUUCUUACCAUUAAGUGGAGGAAUUGAUUCUUGUGCCACUGCUGUCAUUGUUCAUCUGAUGUGUAGAUUGGUGGUUAAUUCAAUAAAUGAUAAACAAGUUUUAGCUGAUAUAAGAGCUUUAACUCAUGAUCCUGAAUUUACUCCAACCAAACCACAAGAAAUUGCUGAAAGAUUAUUUUACACUAGUUUCAUGGGUACUGAAAACUCAUCAAAGGAAACAAGAUACAGGGCAAAGGAAUUAGCUAGAAAAGUUGGUUCAUAUCAUGUUGAUAUGAAUAUGGAUACUUUGGUAAGUGCAGUCAUAACCACAUUUGAAGUUGCAACUGGGAAAAGACCAAUCUUUAAGAUAUUUGGUGGUAGUCAAACCGAAAAUUUAGCAUUACAAAAUAUUCAAGCAAGAUUAAGAAUGGUAAUAAGUUAUUUAUUCGCUCAAUUAUUACCUUGGACGAGAAAUAAAAAAUCAGGUGGAUUAUUAGUAUUGGGUAGUGCCAAUGUCGAUGAAUGUUUAAGAGGAUAUUUAACCAAAUAUGAUUGUUCAUCUGCUGAUAUAAAUCCAAUUGGGGGUAUUUCCAAGACUGAUUUAAAGAGAUUUAUUGCAUGGGCGGAAAUUAAUUUUGAAUUACCUAUCUUACAUGAAUUCAUUACUGCUACCCCUACGGCUGAAUUAGAACCAAUCACUGAAAAUUAUGUUCAAAGUGAUGAAGUUGAUAUGGGUAUGUCUUAUGAUGAAUUAUCAAGAUUUGGAAGAUUAAGAAAAGUUGAAAAAUGUGGUCCUUUAGCAAUGUUUAUUAAAUUAUAUCAUGAAUGGUCACAACCUCCUUUAAAUCUUACUGCUGAGCAAGUGGCUGAAAAGGUCAAACGAUUCUGGUUCUUCUAUGCCAUCAACAGACAUAAGAUGACUACAAUGACCCCAGCUUAUCAUGCUGAACAAUAUUCUCCUGAUGAUAACAGAUUUGAUUUAAGACCAUUCUUAAUUAAUCCAAGAUUCCCUUUUGCUAGUAAGAAAAUUGAUGAAGUUGUUAGUCAAAUCAAUGAAAGAGAAAAAGAAAUUAAAUAUAACAAUAUCAGUGUUGAUUAG